AUGUUUGUGGAUUCUUCUGUGGGAUUUGAGGGCACGUCUGUUGUAAUCAGAAAACUCCAAGUAUAGCAGCAGGGAUGGAUGAACAGGCUCUUUUAGGGCUAAAUCCAAAUGCUGAUUCAGACUUCAGACAAAGGGCCCUGGCCUAUUUUGAGCAGUUAAAGAUCUCCCCAGAUGCCUGGCAGGUGUGUGCUGAAGCUCUAGCCCAGAGGACAUACAGUGAUGAUCACAUCAAGUUUUUCUGCUUUCAAGUUUUAGAACAUCAAGUUAAAUACAAAUAUUCAGAACUAACUACUGUUCAACAGCAACUAAUUAGGGAGACGCUCAUAUCUUGGCUUCAAGCUCAGAUGCUGAAUCCUCAAGCAGAGAAGACCUUUAUACGAAAUAAAGCAGCCCAAGUCUUCGCCUUGCUUUUUGUUACAGAAUAUCUCACUAAAUGGCCCAAGUUUUUUUUUGACAUUCUCUCAGUAGUGGACCUAAAUCCAAGGGGAGUAGAUCUGUACCUCCGAAUCCUCAUGGCUAUUGAUUCUGAAUUGGUGGAUCGUGAUGUAGUGCAUACAUCAGAGGAGGCACGUAGAAAUACUCUAAUAAAGGAUACCAUGAGGGAACAGUGCAUUCCAAACUUGGUGGAAUCAUGGUACCAAAUCCUGCAAAAUUAUCAGUAUACUAAUUCGGAAGUGACAUGUCAGUGCCUUGAAGUAGUUGGGGCUUAUGUAUCUUGGAUAGACUUAUCCCUUAUAGCCAAUGAUAGGUUUAUAAAUAUGCUGCUAGGUCAUAUGUCAAUAGAAGUUCUACGGGAAGAAGCAUGUGACUGUUUAUUUGAAAUUGUAAAUAAAGGAAUGGAUCCAGUUGAUAAAAUGAAACUAGUAGAAUCUUUGUGUCAAGUAUUACAGUCUGCUGGGUUUUUCAUCAUUGACCAGGAAGAAGAUGUUGACUUCCUUGCCAGAUUUUCUAAACUGGUAAAUGGAAUGGGACAGUCAUUGAUAGUUAGCUGGACUAAAUUAAUUAAGAAUGGGGAUAUCAAGAAUGCUCAAGAGGCACUACAAGCUAUUGAAACAAAAGUAGCACUGAUGUUGCAGCUACUAAUUCAUGAGGAUGAUGAUAUCUCAUCUAACAUUAUUGGAUUUUGUUAUGAUUAUCUUCAUAUUUUGAAACAACUUUCAGUGCUCUCGGAUCAGCAAAAAGCUAAUGUAGAGGCAAUCAUGUUGGCCGUUAUGAAAAAAUUGACUUAUGAUGAGGAAUAUAACUUUGAAAAUGAGGGUGAAGAUGAAGCCAUGUUUGUAGAAUAUAGGAAACAACUGAAGUUGUUGUUGGACAGGCUUGCUCAAGUUUCACCAGAGUUACUGCUGGCUUCUGUUCGUAGAGUUUUUAGUUCUACACUGCAGAAUUGGCAGACUACACGAUUUAUGGAAGUUGAAGUAGCAAUAAGAUUGCUGUAUAUGUUGGCAGAAGCUCUUCCAGUAUCUCAUGGUGCUCACUUCUCAGGUGAUGUUUCAAAAGCCAGUGCUUUGCAGGAUAUGAUGCGAACUUUGGUAACAUCAGGAGUUAGUUCCUAUCAGCAUACAUCUGUGACAUUGGAGUUCUUCGAAACUGUUGUUAGAUAUGAAAAGUUUUUCACAGUUGAACCUCAACACAUUCCAUGUGUACUAAUGGCUUUCUUAGAUCACAGGGGGCUGCGGCAUUCCAGUGCAAAAGUGCGGAGCAGAACUGCCUACCUGUUUUCUAGAUUUGUCAAGUCUCUCAAUAAACAAAUGAAUCCAUUCAUUGAGGAUAUUCUGAAUAGAAUACAAGAUUUAUUGGAGCUUUCUCCACCUGAGAAUGGUUACCAGUCUUUGUUGAGCAGCGAUGAUCAACUAUUUAUUUAUGAGACAGCUGGAGUGCUGAUUGUUAAUAGUGAGUACCCAGCAGAACGGAAGCAAGCGUUAAUGAGGAAUCUGUUGACUCCACUAAUGGAAAAGUUUAAAAUUCUGUUAGAAAAAUUGAUGCUGGCGCAAGAUGAAGAAAGGCAGGCUUCUCUAGCAGACUGUCUCAACCAUGCUGUUGGAUUUGCCAGUCGGACCAGCAAAGCUUUCAGCAACAAGCAGACUGUGAAACAAUGUGGCUGUUCCGAAGUUUAUCUGGACUGUUUACAGACAUUCUUGCCAGCUCUGAGUUGUCCCUUACAAAAGGAUAUUCUCAGAAGUGGAGUUCGCACUUUCCUUCAUCGCAUGAUAAUUUGCCUAGAGGAAGAAGUUCUUCCGUUCAUCCCAUCUGCCUCAGAACACAUGCUGAAAGAUUGUGAAGCAAAAGACCUUCAGGAGUUCAUUCCUCUUAUCAACCAGAUUACAGCCAAAUUUAAGAUACAGGUAUCUCCAUUUUUACAACAAAUGUUCAUGCCUCUACUUCAUGCAAUUUUUGAAGUGUUGCUUCGACCAGCAGAAGAAAAUGACCAGUCCGCUGCUCUAGAGAAGCAGAUGUUGCGGAGGAGUUACUUUGCUUUCCUGCAAACAGUCACAGGCAGUGGAAUGAGCGAAGUCAUAGCAAAUCAAGGUGCAGAGAAUGUAGAACGAGUUCUAGUUACUGUGAUUCAAGGAGCAGUCGAAUAUCCAGAUCCAAUUGCACAGAAAACAUGCUUUAUCAUCCUCUCCAAGUUGGUAGAACUCUGGGGCGGUAAAGAUGGACCAGUGGGAUUUGCUGAUUUUGUUUAUAAGCACAUUGUCCCUGCGUGUUUCCUAGCACCUUUAAAACAAACCUUUGACCUGGCAGAUGCACAAACAGUAUUGGCUUUAUCUGAGUGUGCAGUGACACUGAAAACAAUUCAUCUCAAGCGGGGCCCAGAAUGUGUUCAGUAUCUUCAACAAGAAUACCUACCUUCCUUGCAAGUAGCUCCAGAGAUAAUUCAAGAGUUUUGUCAAGCUCUUCAGCAGCCUGAUGCUAAAGUUUUUAAAAACUACUUAAAGGUGUUCUUCCAGAGAGCAAGGCCCUAAGAACUGGAUCUCCCUGUGCCUACUUCAUGAUCAGGAUUUAUGAUCAGAAAUUCCAGUUAAUAAUUUAUAAAGAAGCAGUUUUGUGUGCCAUUCACACUGGUCUUUUUAACUUGGCUCUGAGAUUAUUGUAGUAUAUGUAUUGGGAUUUUUCUGUAAAAUGUGUGUAAUUUUCCCUAAGUAUGGGUAUGUGACAACAAGAGAAGUUGCUUGCAUGCCGAUUCAAAUUGUUCUAUAUAAAAAAGCUGUUAAAAGAUACAGCAGAGUUAUCCUAGUACCAUUUUAUUUUUACUUGAAACUUUUAAGUCCUUUAAAAACCAUAGCAGGAAAACUGUACUUUUUUAAAUUGCAGAAUAUAAAAUGUUUGAAAUUUUAAAUUUUCUUUUAUGUGUGCAAAGUAUGGGGGUGGGAUACAACAAAUCAAAACUAAUCUUUUGUAGAUAGCCAUUACAUUUCUUUAAAAUGUUUCAAUGCCAAUAAGUAUUCUACAAAGAAAGAAUGGUUUCAUAAAUUAACAGAUUUAAGAGUAGGUACCAGUGUUACACAUUUUUUUAUAAAAAAAAUAAAAUAAAUUUUACAUAGUGAAUCUACCAAGUCUUUUUUGGAAUUAUUAUAAAUAUUUUAGCCUUAUUUUCUCAUUUUAUCUUUCCGUGAUUUCCCAUUUAAAGGAUUGCACACAUGAGCUUACAGAUCCUUUAUUUUAUUAUGUUCCUAAAAGGCUAUAUGCAACUUAGUUCUAUUAAAUAGAAUCUUUUUUAAAUGCCCUAGAAAAAGCCUGUGUGAUUCUGUUGAUAGAAUUAAAAAUCCAAUUUCUUCUACCUCUUUUAUUGGAUCUACGUAGGGCACAAUAUACCUAUGUCUUUGAUGCUUAUAACUAGUUGCUGCCCAUUUAGUUAAUAGAAGAAGUACCUUCCCCUGUCUUCUCCCAUUUUUAUUCAUGACUGCAAGGAGGCAAGAGGAAAAACAAUAGUAUUGGAAAAUUAAGAAAAGAGGGACAACACUGAGUAGCAGAAUUACUAUAGUUAUUCAAGUUUAAAUUCUAAAAGUCUAAGAUUUUAAGGGAGGGUUGGGUAUUUCUGUGGAUUUUUUUUUUUUUAACCUUUAGCCAAUAUGGUCCCUAGGGAUUUCAUGGAUGAGCUUCAGUGGUCUAUAAAUUCCCUAAAAUUGUAUUCUAAAUUGUGCACAUACACCUUUUUCUUGGGUUAAUUCUAGAAGUGCUUUUAAACAUUUUCCUUAUGUUAUAGAAUAAACAUACUGAACUAAGUUGACUAGAUCAAUAGAAUGUAUAUUAUACUUCAAUAAGGAUUUUUUAAAAAUACAUGAUUAAAAGCUGAGUGCUUUGUGUAUGAGUUCCCUUGUACUAUAGGAGAGAUAAUUGCAUCUAUUGCAAUAAUACUAAUUGUUUAAAGUGUGCUAAUUAGUAUCAUAGCAUAGUGGUCAAGAGCACAGGCCUAGGAUCCAGAUAACGGUUCAUAUAAGUAGGUUCAAAUAACAGUUCUGCCAGUAACUGGUUUUUGAACCCUAAGGAAGUUCUCUCUCCACAGUUUCCCCAGGUUCAAAAUGGGAGAAAUAAUGGUAGCUACCUCAUAACUAAACUGAUUAAGUUAAACAUGAAAAGAGCUUAUUACAAUACCUGCAUACGAAGGCUUGAUACAAGCUAUGGUUACUGUACUAUUAAUUCCACAUAUGUAAAAAUGACACCUCCUUUCUCCCUUUUUAAAGCCCUUCAAAAUAUUCACAUGAGUUCAGAGCUAAGAGAAAUCAAGACAUGGAAAUUAAGAGUGUAAUAAAAAUGAAACUUCAUGUUAUACAACCAUGUGUAAUUCCUAUCUUCAUUCCUUGAAGUUUCCCAGAGCACUUUACAUAGAGUGCCAUAGUAAUUAGGAAACUGUUCGAUUAUAAAUUACCUUAUUUGUAUUGCAUUGCACCCCAUUUCCAAAAGCAAGCACUCAAAUAAUUGUCACAAGGGCGAAUCUCACCAGUUUACUGAUGAGAUAACAUCGAGGCAAAAAAUUUAGGGAUUUGUGUGACUUGACUAUGGAACCACAAGGAUUUUAUGAUGCCUGGUUUAGUUCUGUGCCUAAUAGUUGUAUUUAAAUCGUAAACACUUACACUGGUUCACAAGUGGCUUGACCUUUAAGAAAACACUGGUAUUCCAAUGUGUAUCAAUUACUAUGUGGUAAAUAUGUGAAUAAAAGGCUUGGGCUCAGCUCAUCACUUCUCCCAUAAACUUUGAGCUAUGGGCUUCACUGUUGCAAGGAGCUUUGACGGGUCCUUGGCAUUAGAUAUGGGAAAACUGGUUGGAAUUGUAUGCAGUGAAUAGAUUUGUCUGUUGUUAGAAUGACUCCACCACUGAAACAUUGUUUAAAAGUCUAAUAAAGUAACUUCCUUUGUAA